GUGGGUAUGUACUCCACAGACUAAUUAUUUUGAAACAUCAAGCAAAGCUCUCAUUCUGACAACAGAUUUCGGUUCUGUUGUAUCCAAAGCUGGCGCACCAAAGUCUGGAACUUGCACAAACGGAGUGAUUAUGCAAGCUUUAUCUUCGGCGGAUCUUCAAAUUUAUCUUAGCGCAACCAGCUAUACGGUUACUCUGCCAAAUAUGUCAUGGUGA